AUGGAUCGUUCUACAGGUUUUGCCGAUUCGACCACGGAUGAUGUUCCCCGCGAACCGAGUGAUGAUCAGAUCAUAGACCUGACCAUCGAACACGAGGAGGAAGUGAUAGAACUUUCAGAUCCCUUGUGGGAGGAGGGGUUCAACGGCGACGAGGCAGAGGUCCUACCGCUAUACGAAAACUGUCUUGGGUGUAACGAAUGUGAGCCCGGCUGUAGCACCUCGCAGCAGAACGGUUGGGAUCGGACAUCUGGGGCUAGCGAGCAUAGCGCGAAUGCUGAUGAUGAUGAGGCGGACUGGUCCAGGUCGCAGAUAAACGCUUGGGAUCAAGCCUCGUGGUCCAGCUACAACGGGUUACCGGCUAGUGGUCAACAGACUCCGAACAGUAUCCGGCCUUCCGUUGACGAAAAUAACGAAUGGGAUCAAGCCUCCUGGUCCAGCUACAUCGGGUCACCGGCUAGUGGUCAACAGACACCGAACAGUAUCCGGCCUUCCGUUGACGAAAAUAACUCAUGGGAUCAAGCCUCGUGGUCCAGCUACAACGGGUUACCGGCUAGUGGUCAACAGACUCCGAACAGUAUCCAGCCUUCCGAUGAUGAAAAUAACGAUGAAAGCUUAGAACAGGUUGAAAAUCCUCAACUGUUUCAUGAAUUUGAGAACAGAAUACUGGCUCGAAUUGAAGAGCUUAGUAACCAGCUUCAUAGCAGAUUAGACACUUUCGACCACCAACUACGACAGAUUUAUGGGCAGCAUGAUUCUCAUGGUGCCGGGCUAGAUAGACAACAUGCAACCAUAGAGGAAAUAGCUCAUGAUUUACGCCACCAAAUUCAGGCUGCAGAAAAUUCAUUCAGGCGUUUGCACGACUUAACAUUUGAGCAGAUGAGAGAAAGACAGCUAAUGUUUGAAGCCGUUUGUGCUAUGUUUUUCCCAAUAUUUUAUCCAUAGUACAAUUUUUAUAUGAUAUACAUACCAUUUUUACUCUUUUCUAUAUCCAUUGCUAUUUUUACGCAUGUUUAGCUAUUUUUAUCCCCUCCUGUUUAAGAAAUAAGCAUUAAUCUACCUCAGGUUUUACUGUUUAUUCUGUUUUAGCAUUUAUUUCGUUUUUAUCUAGCAUAUAUCUACAUCAUGUUUUAGCAUUUAUUUUGUUUUUAUCUACCUCAUGUUUUACCAUUUUACCGUUUAUCUGCUUUUUGUAACAUCUGAAAAUUAAUGUACAAUGGAUGAUAAAAAUUGUUCAGACGUUGCACAUAGCAGUCAUUCUCUUUCAGAUCAGUCACAGAGUACAGCGCCCGAAGAGUCCGGUAGGUCGCCACAUCAAUUGUUAAAUGUUUAUGCAAAUUCCGAGUCGUCGCAGCAAAUCAUACAUUUUGAUUCGGACCCUCAACUACGAGAACUGUUAAAUACACUUUACACAUACACACACCAAGAUGGCGGCGCGCUACCAAGCACCUCAGGUCCAUCUACUACCUCAGCUCCCCCUACAGACGCUAUCGAUCCCAUACAGACCCCCCCUUCCGAUACGCCGCCGCUGAGCAGAGCCGAUAUCGAGGCAUUGAUACGAGAUGGCGGAAUCGUAAACGACUUUCACGUUUAUCCGAGACCUCGUUUCAAUAGCGUGGAAUUGCAAAGAUCGAUGAAUCUGAGAGAGAUUAGAGCCGCAGAUUUAGCGUCGUUUCACAUACGCCUGCAUGACACCAUGAACGAAUUGGUAACAUUCGCUAGACGAAUCGGUGGCGACGGUAGUGUAAUCAAUUUGUCCCUAAGGGGGCCUAGUCUCAAAUCCGACGUAUCUGUAAUUUUAUCCCAGGGAAAUAAUUACGACGUCACGUUAUUUACAGAUCAAAUUGAAAAAUUUUUACAAAGCGACGAGCGGCUAUUGUGUGACGAUAUGGUCGAGAUAGGCGCUACCGUGGCGAUGAACAGACAGGGGGGCGUUCGACGCAAACUUACGGAUUUGGCUCUGGACCAGGUGGUCAAAAGAAAAAAGACGAGUUUGUUUUGUCCUAUGAAUAUCUCUAAUAAUUUGUGCUUCUCUAUCUGUCUCGCACAUUUUCUCGAUCCCGCGCUACCUGAGAGCGAACUGGAAAGACGUGCCGCGGUAAUUCAGAACGACGCGGGGUUCUCUAUUCAAGACAAGAUCAGCCUUUGCGACAUUGCGAAGUUUGAAAGACUGUUUGACAUCAAAAUAGUAGUUUUUUACAGAACGUCCGAUGGACCUGUAGAAACAUUCGCAAAUCAGAGCGAGCCGCAUCCAAAAACGUUGCACCUCUAUUUACACGACGAACACUUUUACACGAUUCUCAAUCUAAAGACGUUCAUCGGUUCCAGCUACGUAUGCGAGUUCUGUUAUAAAGGCUACAGCAACCUUAAGCACCAUCACUGUAGUCGCGUCUGCAACGUGUGUUUCGACCCCGAUUGCCACAAACACCGUGCAAGAACAGUGCAUUGCGUCGAUUGUUUGCGAUUUUGCAAAUCCGAUUACUGUUACAAAGCUCACAAAAAGAUACCCCAGGGUAGAGAUCGCGUGCCGUGCGAUAUGACGAAAUACUGUAAAUUGUGCAACAGACGGUACGAUGUCCCAGGGGCUGUAGAUAAGCACCAAUGCAAGCCUUUCCAAUGCGUCCAUUGCGGCGAAGAUCUUGGGACCGAGGGGAUGCAUCAGUGCUUUAUUCGCCCUAUAAAUCCCAAGGAUACUAGCGAGAAAUACAUCUUCUACGAUUUUGAAACCCGUUACGAAAACGGAAAACACGUCGCCAACUUUGUAUGCGCGAUCACUUUUCAAGAUGAGAAAUUUGUAGCGGAAGGGCCGUACUGCGUAUCGUACCUAAUCAACCAUUUCAGGCAGCGUCGAUACAAAGGCUACACUUUCAUAGCCCACUAUGCAUCCAAAUUCGAUUCAUUUCUCAUUUUGGAAUAUUUUUGCAAAGCGGGGCUUACGUUGGACAUCAUCAUGCAAGGGUGUAAAUUAAUCUACAUGUACGAUGAUGCGUAUGCCCAGAGAUAUAUCGACAGCUACUCUUUCAUACCAAUGGCGUUGUCUAAGAUGCCAGCAGCGCUGAACUUGACUACGACGGAAAAAGGUUACUUUCCCCAUCAUUUCAACAGGGUGGAAAACGAAAGCUAUGUAGGGCCCUACCCUGAUAAAAAGUUCUAUGGCUACGAAAACAUGACCGACAAAAACCAGGCAAAGUUUGACGAGUGGUACGCCAGCGUUGCGGGGAAACUCUUUGACUUUAAGAAAGAGCUUAAAGAGUACGGCGUGAACGACGUGGUCUUAUUACGCGAAGGUUGUAUGAAAUACCGCGAAGCAUUCAUCGCAUGCACCAAGCUCGAUCCCUUCAACUUUACAACGCUUGCUAGUUGUUGCAUGGGCGUGUUUAAAACGCAUUAUCUCGACAGUAAGACGCUGGCUCUUACGCACAAU